AUGAUUAUUCCAGUUCGUUGUUUCUCUUGCGGAAAGGUUACCGGAGACAUCUGGGAGCGAUAUGUCAAGCUCAUUGACGAGGGAGUCAACGACGGUGAUGCUAUGGAUGAGCUCACAUUGAAGAGAUAUUGCUGCCGUCGCAUGAUCAUGACCCAUGUCGACCUCAUCGAGAAACUUCUUAGAUACAAUCCUGCCGAGAGAGAUGCGAAAAAGGCCGCUUUGAACGGUUAA